AUGAUUUAUUCAACUGGUGCUUUGCCAGAGGGUGUGGGUGUUGAUGAUUUUAAUAACGACACCCAAUUGGAUAUUGUCGUUGCUAAUUAUGGUGAUAACAGUGUAAGUAUCCUUCUCGGAUAUGGCAAUGGCUCUUUUGCAAACCAGAUGAAGUAUUCAGCUGGUUCUGGCCCAAGUGCUGUAGCUAUUGAUGAUUUUAACAACGACAACAAACUAGACAUUGUCGUUACUAACUGGAAAGCUAACACUAUGAGUAUUUUGCUUGGAUAUGGUAAUGGUGUUUUUGAAAAACCAAUGAUAUAUUCCACUGGUUCUAGUCCUUCAUCUGUAGCUGUUGGCGAUUUUAAUAUGGACACCCAAUUGGAUAUCGUUGUUGCUAAUCUUAAUGAGAAAAGUGUUAGUGUAUAUCUCGGAUAUCCAAAAGAAGGUUUCUUAAACCAAAUGAGACUUAUAAGUAGCAAUGGAUCUCGCCCCAAGUCGUUCGCUAUUGGCGAUUUUAACAAGGACGGUCAAAUGGAUAUUGCAGUGGCGAAUUCAGGCACGAACAAUAUUGGUAUUUUUCUGAGAUAUGACAAUGGUUCUUUCGCAAAUCAAAUAACAUAUUCAACUGAUUCUUCACCAUGGUCAAUAGCUAUUGGGGAUUUCAACAACGAUGUGAUACUUGAUAUCGUUGUUGCGAAUCGUGAUAGUGACAAUGUUGGUGUAUUUCUGGGAUAUAGUAAUGGAUCUUUUUCAGGUCAAAAGAUGUUUACGACUGGUUUUAACUCUCAACCGAACAUGAUUGCUGUUGGCGAUUUCAACAACGACACUUUGCUGGAUAUAAUUGUUGCGAAUUAUGGUACAAACAACAUAGGUGUAUUGCUCGGUUAUGGAAAUGGCUCCUUUGCCAAUGUCAAGCUUUUUCGGUCUAGUUAUGGAUCCCAUCCAUUCUCAAUUUCUGUUGGUGAUUUAGACAGUGAUGGAAAGUUGGAUUUCGUUGUUGCUAACGAAGGUGCUGAGAAUUUAAAUACUUUUUUACAAACUUGUUAA